AUGCCUGGUUUACCUACGGGUGAUUUCGUAAAUGUCGCAGAAGAGACAAAAGUGCAGAAAAUCACAGAGCAAAUGGCCAAGUCAUCUAUCAAACAGUGUGAAGUGAAGUACAAUGUAAAAACUCCAAAGGGAACAAGGGAUCGGGAUCCCAUCCAAAUGACAAUUCUUGAAGAUGUUUUUAGUACAAUAAUACGGUGUUUCAAGCGUCAUGAUGCGGUUACCAUAGACACCCCUGUUUUUGAGCUCAAGGAAGUGCUAGCUGGAAAGUAUGGUGAGGAAUCUAAACUUAUAUACGAUCUUCAGGAUCAAGGUGGUGAGGCGCUUGCUCUUAGAUAUGAUUUAACUGUCCCAUUCGCCCGUUAUGUUGCCAUGCAUAAGAUUAAAUCUAUCAAGCGAUACCAAAUUGGAAAGGUUUAUCGGCGUGAUCAACCGGCUAUGACACGCGGUCGUUACCGAGAGUUUUACCAGUGUGAUUUCGAUAUUGCUGGAGAUCAUGGGCUAAUGUUAGCGGAUGCAGAAUGCCUUCGAAUAAUGUACGAAGUGCUUUCGGAAUUGAAUCUAGGUGAUUUUGUCAUCAAGAUCAACCACAGACGUUUGCUUGAUGGACUGUUUUCGGCUUGUGAUGUGCCAUCGAACAAGUUUGUCCCAGCUUGUUCCUCAAUUGACAAACUAGACAAGAUUCCUUGGGAAGAUGUCAGACGGGAAUUAUGUGAAGACAAAGGGUUGUCACCUGAAGCUGCAGAUAAAAUUGGUUCAUAUGUUCAGUUAACUGGAUGUUUGGAUCUCGUUGAACGUCUUGAAUCAGAUGAGCAUCUGAAUAAUCAACCAUCAGCUAAAGUCGCCCUUCAGGAAAUGAGAUUAUUAUUAGACUAUUGUAAAGCACUUGGGAUCCAAGAGCGAAUUAGUUUCGAUUUAAGUCUAGCGCGCGGGUUGGAUUACUAUACCGGUGUUAUUUACGAAGCUGUUUUGAAAGGUUUCACUUACAAUCCAAAUAGUCCAAGUGCAGAAUUGACUGGUUCCAAUGAAACUGACCUAAACUCCUCUGUAAAAAGUAAAAAAUCAAGUAAAAAAGAUAAGAAAGCCAAAGAACAGUUAGAGGAGGAAUCUGUUACAUCUGGUGAAUCCAUGGCUGUUGGUAGUGUAGCUGGUGGCGGCCGAUACGAUGGUUUAGUGGGAAUGUUUAGUUCUUCUGGAACACGAGUGCCAUGUGUCGGUUUUAGUUUUGGGGUUGAACGACUAUUAGCAAUUAAAGAAGCUUUGAGUAAUUCUUCAGAUAAGAACAAAUGUAGCGUGCGACCAACUGAAACUGAAGUCAUGGUUGCUGGAGCUCAUAAGGGUCUUAUCAUGCAACGUUUACAAUGUUGUCAACUUUUAUGGGAUGCAAACAUUAAGGCUACAAUGUCGCAUAAAAAUCACCCCAAACUAUUGGAUCAACUACAGUAUUGUGAAUCAACUGGUAUUCCGUUGGCCGUUGUUCUGGGAGAAAGUGAAUUAGCUCGUAACACUGUCAAGUUGAGAGAUAUUGAAAGCCGAGAAGAAUACGAAGUUUUGUACACAGAUCUUCUGAAUAAGAUCAAAGAAGUACUAUCUACCAAAUACCAUAAAUAAAACUUUGUUACAUACUGUAUUUGGCUGUGUGAUGUUUUUCUGAAUUUGUGCAUCUCAUAAUCUGGUAUUAUUUGACGUAAUUUACCAAUACAAUUUUAUCGCGGAAAUAACGACUUAAACUUAUUGGGAUUUUAAUUAAUUACAUGUCAUUUCCUUCUGUUCAGAAGCAUGGUUUCGCCAUCAAAUGCCUG